CACAAUUUCCUUUGCGGUUCAUAUUAGAUGAAUUGUCAAACCGCGCUGAUCGGUUUGUAUUUUGUGAUUGGUAUAUUCCUCGUUCUGUGGGAGACAGACCCGUUCAGACACUGAGGGAGAGCAGAGAGGAGGUGAGAGAGUCUGCAUGGAGCUCUACAAUGUGUUUAUAAACUACAGAGCGCUGUUAUAUUGUAUUAUUUUGAAAGGUCCGGGUUGUAGUGUGGUAGGAGCGCGUUGUUUUAUCCGUUCAGACACUGAGGGAGAGCAGAGAGGAGGUGAGAGAGUCUGCAUGGAGCUCUACAAUGUGUUUAUAAACUACAGAGCGCUGUUAUAUUGUAUUAUUUUGAAAGGUCCGGGUUGUAGUGUGGUAGGAGCGCGUUGUUUUAUCCGUUCAGACACUGAGGGAGAGCAGAGAGGAGGUGAGAGAGUCUGCAUGGAGCUCUACAAUGUGUUUAUAAACUACAGAGCGCUGUUAUAUUGUAUUAUUUUGAAAGGUCCGGGUUGUAGUGUGGUAGGAGCGCGUUGUUUUAUCCGUUCAGACACUGAGGGAGAGCAGAGAGGAGGUGAGAGAGUCUGCAUGGAGCUCUACAAUGUGUUUAUAAACUACAGAGCGCUGUUAUAUUGUAUUAUUUUGAAAGGUCCGGGUUGUAGUGUGGUAGGAGCGCGUUGUUUUAUCCGUUCAGACACUGAGGGAGAGCAGAGAGGAGGUGAGAGAGUCUGCAUGGAGCUCUACAAUGUGUUUAUAAACUACAGAGCGCUGUUAUAUUGUAUUAUUUUGAAAGGUCCGGGUUGUAGUGUGGUAGGAGCGCGUUGUUUUAUCCGUUCAGACACUGAGGGAGAGCAGAGAGGAGGUGAGAGAGUCUGCAUGGAGCUCUACAAUGUGUUUAUAAACUACAGAGCGCUGUUAUAUUGUAUUAUUUUGAAAGGUCCGGGUUGUAGUGUGGUAGGAGCGCGUUGUUUUAUCCGUUCAGACACUGAGGGAGAGCAGAGAGGAGGUGAGAGAGUCUGCAUGGAGCUCUACAAUGUGUUUAUAAACUACAGAGCGCUGUUAUAUUGUAUUAUUUUGAAAGGUCCGGGUUGUAGUGUGGUAGGAGCGCGUUGUUUUAUCCGUUCAGACACUGAGGGAGAGCAGAGAGGAGGUGAGAGAGUCUGCAUGGAGCUCUACAAUGUGUUUAUAAACUACAGAGCGCUGUUAUAUUGUAUUAUUUUGAAAGGUCCGGGUUGUAGUGUGGUAGGAGCGCGUUGUUUUAUCCGUUCAGACACUGAGGGAGAGCAGAGAGGAGGUGAGAGAGUCUGCAUGGAGCUCUACAAUGUGUUUAUAAACUACAGAGCGCUGUUAUAUUGUAUUAUUUUGAAAGGUCCGGGUUGUAGUGUGGUAGGAGCGCGUUGUUUUAUCCGUUCAGACACUGAGGGAGAGCAGAGAGGAGGUGAGAGAGUCUGCAUGGAGCUCUACAAUGUGUUUAUAAACUACAGAGCGCUGUUAUAUUGUAUUAUUUUGAAAGGUCCGGGUUGUAGUGUGGUAGGAGCGCGUUGUUUUAUCCGUUCAGACACUGAGGGAGAGCAGAGAGGAGGUGAGAGAGUCUGCAUGGAGCUCUACAAUGUGUUUAUAAACUACAGAGCGCUGUUAUAUUGUAUUAUUUUGAAAGGUCCGGGUUGUAGUGUGGUAGGAGCGCGUUGUUUUAUCCGUUCAGACACUGAGGGAGAGCAGAGAGGAGGUGAGAGAGUCUGCAUGGAGCUCUACAAUGUGUUUAUAAACUACAGAGCGCUGUUAUAUUGUAUUAUUUUGAAAGGUCCGGGUUGUAGUGUGGUAGGAGCGCGUUGUUUUAUCCGUUCAGACACUGAGGGAGAGCAGAGAGGAGGUGAGAGAGUCUGCAUGGAGCUCUACAAUGUGUUUAUAAACUACAGAGCGCUGUUAUAUUGUAUUAUUUUGAAAGGUCCGGGUUGUAGUGUGGUAGGAGCGCGUUGUUUUAUCCGUUCAGACACUGAGGGAGAGCAGAGAGGAGGUGAGAGAGUCUGCAUGGAGCUCUACAAUGUGUUUAUAAACUACAGAGCGCUGUUAUAUUGUAUUAUUUUGAAAGGUCCGGGUUGUAGUGUGGUAGGAGCGCGUUGUUUUAUCCGUUCAGACACUGAGGGAGAGCAGAGAGGAGGUGAGAGAGUCUGCAUGGAGCUCUACAAUGUGUUUAUAAACUACAGAGCGCUGUUAUAUUGUAUUAUUUUGAAAGGUCCGGGUUGUAGUGUGGUAGGAGCGCGUUGUUUUAUCCGUUCAGACACUGAGGGAGAGCAGAGAGGAGAUGAGAGAGUCUGCAUGGAGCUCUACAAUGUGUUUAUAAACUACAGAGCGCUGUUAUAUUGUAUUAUUUUGAAAGGUCCGGGUUGUAGUGUGGUAGGAGCGCGUUGUUUUAUCCGUUCAGACACUGAGGGAGAGCAGAGAGGAGGUGAGAGAGUCUGCAUGGAGCUCUACAAUGUGUUUAUAAACUACAGAGCGCUGUUAUAUUGUAUUAUUUUGAAAGGUCCGGGUUGUAGUGUGGUAGGAGCGCGUUGUUUUAUCCGUUCAGACACUGAGGGAGAGCAGAGAGGAGGUGAGAGAGUCUGCAUGGAGCUCUACAAUGUGUUUAUAAACUACAGAGCGCUGUUAUAUUGUAUUAUUUUGAAAGGUCCGGGUUGUAGUGUGGUAGGAGCGCGUUGUUUUAUCCGUUCAGACACUGAGGGAGAGCAGAGAGGAGGUGAGAGAGUCUGCAUGGAGCUCUACAAUGUGUUUAUAAACUACAGAGCGCUGUUAUAUUGUAUUAUUUUGAAAGGUCCGGGUUGUAGUGUGGUAGGAGCGCGUUGUUUUAUCCGUUCAGACACUGAGGGAGAGCAGAGAGGAGGUGAGAGAGUCUGCAUGGAGCUCUACAAUGUGUUUAUAAACUACAGAGCGCUGUUAUAUUGUAUUAUUUUGAAAGGUCCGGGUUGUAGUGUGGUAGGAGCGCGUUGUUUUAUCCGUUCAGACACUGAGGGAGAGCAGAGAGGAGGUGAGAGAGUCUGCAUGGAGCUCUACAAUGUGUUUAUAAACUACAGAGCGCUGUUAUAUUGUAUUAUUUUGAAAGGUCCGGGUUGUAGUGUGGUAGGAGCGCGUUGUUUUAUCCGUUCAGACACUGAGGGAGAGCAGAGAGGAGGUGAGAGAGUCUGCAUGGAGCUCUACAAUGUGUUUAUAAACUACAGAGCGCUGUUAUAUUGUAUUAUUUUGAAAGGUCCGGGUUGUAGUGUGGUAGGAGCGCGUUGUUUUAUCCGUUCAGACACUGAGGGAGAGCAGAGAGGAGGUGAGAGAGUCUGCAUGGAGCUCUACAAUGUGUUUAUAAACUACAGAGCGCUGUUAUAUUGUAUUAUUUUGAAAGGUCCGGGUUGUAGUGUGGUAGGAGCGCGUUGUUUUAUCCGUUCAGACACUGAGGGAGAGCAGAGAGGAGAUUUGGAGUGGCUGGUAACGGCUCUCACCUGAAGAGAAGAAAGGACGCAUUCACUGCAGCUCACCCAUCAGAGGAAAGCGCUAACGAGUCCCUCUGGAAGAGAACAAAGAGAGGCUAACACCGGACAGCGGACACCCGGGGAGGGGCUGACGUGUGGGGGGCGUGGUCUUGUACCUGGAACUGAGAGAGAGGGGGUUAAAUCUGCAGUGAGGACUAGUCUAGUCACACAGAUUACCUGUCGCUGUUAGUUUGAGCUGCCUGUUUACCCUGGAGAGAAGAACCGAGACGAUCAGAGCGAGUGACUAGAGCCGUGCUGCAGAUCCCACUGACAAUACC